AUGGUAUAUAAGAAUGUUUCUGACAUAUAUAAAUCUGAAGAAUUUAAGACCUACGACAACUUUGUUUCGUUAGUUGCUGAAUGUGUUUGGCAGAUAAGAGAUAAAGAUAGAAGAUGUAAAGUAUGGAACAAACAAAUAAGACCCGCUAUGUUUGAGAUGAAGAGAGCAAUUGACGCCUUGGUUGUUUUAGCAGGUAAGGUUUCAGAAUAUAACGCAAAAAUGAACCCGCAAUGUUCUAAAUGUAAAGCGGCAAUUAGGAAAUAUAACUACUCCGUCAAAGAGAUAGAACGUAUGAGAAACGACUAUGCUGACUUAAAGAAAGAAGCAGAGAAACCAGCAGAAGAUAAAAUGGACAUGUUGACAUUUCUGAACAAAAACUAUCCAACUGCAGAAGAUUUCCUUCUAUCUGACGUCAAGAAGAAGUAUAAAGAAACCUUCGGCAUAGUUAAAACAUUCGAUAUCCUCAGCGAAGAAAUAGAAGCUACAAAACUGUUUAGAGUCAUGAACCAUCGCAACAUAUACCAUGUAAAACGCUUGUAA